CUAGGCUACCACAACACAUAUUCACAGUACAAACAAGUGUUAUAAUCCUCUCAAACGCUUCGAUUGUCACGAUGUCCCACAAGCAUGAUGCUCGUUCACAGUCGCAGAACAGCAGACUUCUCGUCACUGGUACAGUGCUCUUCUACCUUGUAGCAGCACUAUGUAUGGUCAUGGCGAAUAAAUGGGUUCUCAAAACGACUGAUGCCCCGCUCUUCUUCCUCUUUUCCCAGCUUGUCAUUGCUGUCAUUCUUUUCAUUGCCGCACAUUCAACCCGCCUCUUAGUUCUGCCUUUGUAUGUGGACACCCAACUUCUGAUCCAACUCGCCCCAAACAUUGGGUUGAAUGUCGUGGGAUUGAGUUUCAGUAAUUAUACCCUCAAGUAUGUCGACGCAUCUGUCUAUCAAGUCGCACGCGGCCUCGUCCUCCCCUUCACAGUCCUUACCUCCUACUUCUUCCUCUCUGCGCGUCCGUCCCUCCGCAUUCUCUUUAGCUGUUCUAUCGUUACCCUCGGUUUCUUUGUUGGUAUCUUUCUCGAUUCUGUCCCCAUGGUUCUCGCUGGUAUUGGCUUUGGUGUCGCAAGUUCCGCAAUCACGGCAGUGCAUAGCGUGGUCAUCAAAAAGAGUCUGGAUGUAGUCAAGGGUAGCGCUAUGAACCUGUCAUGGUAUACAAAUUUGUUCAGCGCGGUUGUGAUGAUCCCCAUCAUCGUAUUUGCUGGCGAGGUCCCAGCGAUUCAGGAUUUGUUUUUCGGAGUAGGGGUUGUCCCUAAGGAAGGAGAGUUGAGUGAGUUGCAGACAUUCGUUUGGGGGUCCUUUAUCACGGGUGCGCUUGGCUUCAUGAUGAGCCUUGCUAGUCUUUUGUCUAUCAAGGUCACUUCGCCCAUCACACACAUGGUGUCCUCCGCAGUAAGAGGCGUAGCAGCGUCUAUAUUGGGGAUGUGGUUAUUUGGAGACAUCAUCUCGGGGUGCGUGUUUUCUGUCUGUAUCGUGCCAUGUGACUGUCUCUUGCUUCCGCCUGUUGCGGGCUGCAUCCUAUUUUUUUUGUUGGCAAAAUUCUUGUGAUUCACAUUUUCUGUCUACAGUGGCCGUGCCUCCUCUAUUGCAAUUAUCCUUCUAGGGUCCGUUUACUACACGUGGGUGAAACACGUCGAAUCUCAGCAAAAUUCCAAGUACGACCGAGUUGCGCUGGAAGAUGUAGAAGCUGGAAAGGAGUUUAGCUCAAAACCUGAGUGAGAGUAUGGAUUACCCGCGCACGGAGCGAACGCACAUGGACGCUGAUGAAAUUGGACCUCACCUCAGGACAGGACA